AUUUGCCCUUGACAAUGGUUUUAUUGACAGUUUUGUCCCCCAGCUCUCUACCCUUGAAAGCAACCUAGAACGGCAAACUCAUCCUUCUCUUUAACCCUAAAACGUCUCCUUGACUGCUGCGAAGUCCGUCGACUUCGUUCUUGAAGAUUAACUCCAAGGGUAGGGAACAUGGCGAAGAAUAAAGAGAGGAAGGUUAAUGUAUCUGGGAAGCCAAAGCAUUCUCUGGAUGUCAACCGAAGUGAUGGAAAUAAAGAAAUCCGAAGUGCUGCAACGGUGCGGCGCCUUAAGAUGUACAAUACCAGGCCGAAGCGUGAUCGGAAAGGGAAAAUUUUGAAGCACGAGUUGCAGUCGAAAGAGUUACCUUCCACCCGGAUUCAACCUGACCGCCGCUGGUUUGGAAAUACCAGAGUUGUAGGACAGAAAGAGCUUGAGUUUUUCCGUGACGAGCUACAAAACCGAAUGUCAAGUAACUACAAUGUCAUUUUGAAGGAGAGGAAACUGCCCCUGUCCCUGCUAAAUGACCAUCAGAAGCAAUCUAGGGCUCAUCUUUUGGAUAACGAACCUUUUGAGGAUGCUUUUGGACCUAAGAAGAAGAGGAAGCGCCCAAGGCUAUUGGCUCCUGAUUAUGAGUCUUUGCAAAUUGAUCUACCACCUAUGCAUUGAACUGUUAAGAAAGCAGAUGGAUCUCAGGAUGCCUUUGAGCAGAAGUCUGCGGCCAAUCCUUCUGCAGGAUGUGAUGGAGAUGGAUUCAGGGACCUGGUUAGGCAUACAAUGUUUGAGAAGGGGCAAAGCAAGCGCAUAUGGGGAGAGCUCUACAAAGUUAUAGACUCCUCAGAUGUUGUCAUCCAGGUGCUGGAUGCUAGGGAUCCACAAGGUACAAGAUGCUAUCAUCUAGAGAAGCAUUUGAAAGAGCAUUGCAAGCAUAAGCACAUGGUUCUUUUGCUAAACAAGUGCGAUUUGGUUCCGGCAUGGGCUACAAAAGGAUGGCUAAGGGUUUUAUCCAAGGAAUAUCCUACUUUAGCGUUCCAUGCAAGCAUCAAUAAAUCCUUUGGCAAGGGCUCUCUACUCUCCGUACUGAGGCAGUUUGCCCGUUUAAAAAGUGACAAGCAGGCAAUAUCUGUGGGGUUUGUUGGCUAUCCAAAUGUUGGGAAAUCAUCAGUCAUCAAUACUCUACGUACAAAGAAUGUCUGCAAGGUUGCUCCUAUUCCUGGGGAGACCAAAGUUUGGCAAUACAUAACAUUGACUAAGCGAAUCUUCUUGAUUGAUUGCCCUGGAGUUGUCUACCACAACAGCGAUUCCGAAACUGAUAUUGUACUUAAGGGUGUGGUACGUGUAGCAAACUUGCAUGAUGCUGCUGAACACAUAGGGGAAGUCUUGAAACGUGUGAAGAAGGAGCAUCUAGAAAGAGCUUAUAAAAUAAAAGAGUGGGUUGAUGAUAAUGACUUUCUAGUUAAGCUAUGCAAAUUGUCAGGCAAGCUAUUGAAGGGUGGUGAGCCCGACUUGAUGACUGCAGCAAAGAUGGUUCUCCAUGACUGGCAGAGAGGCCGGAUACCCUUCUUUAUUCGCCCGCCGCAGCAGGAAGAUGGCCCAUCAGAACAACUUGCUGUUUCUGGAGUAGACGAAGACGAAGAUGCAGCGGUCCAUGGUGAUCGUGAAUCAGCAGCUAUGAAAGCCAUUGCAAAUGUAAUUUCGUCCCAGCAUCUAAAAAAUGUCCCUGUUCAAAGAGACCUCUUUAGUGAGGAUGAGUUGUCUGGCAAUGCUGAGGGUGAAAAAUCUGAGCAGCACCUAAAAAAUGUCCCUGUUCAAAGAGACCUCUUUAGUGAGGAUGAGUUGUCUGGCAAUGCUGAGGGUGAAAAAUCUGAGCAGCUUCUAGCUACCGAAUCAUAAAGUACUUUUGGGGGAUCUAGAGAUUCUGAGCAGAAAAUCUCCGAGAGGAGGGAAAAAAUAGGGUAAAGUUGUAGAGUUAACCCCCCCCCCCCUCCCUCUUUUUGGUAGGGUUCCAUCAUCAGUGUUGUUUUUAUUUUAGUUUUCCAUUUUAGUUUUCCUCUAAACCAUAAAAAUAUUACUCAGAUACAAUGCGAGGCUAACCUUUUUUAUAAGGUAUGACAAAGGGAAGUUGGUUUUGGAUCCCUAAA